AGGAUUUUUUAGAAGAAUAUGAUGACAAAAAUGACUUAAGUGAAAAAAUAGGUAUUUACCUUAGAUCCCUUGAGGUCAUCGCCGAUAACGAAGAAGGGCAAAGGAGUAAACGAGCAAAGGAAUUGCUUCUAAAAUAUAGAGAG